GGGAAUAUUCUUUGUCCUCACCCCGCAGUCUACACACAACUGGAGACGGAUACGGGGGCUCCUCGCUGGAAAAACUGGAUGGCUUGAUAUCAGAACGCGAGGGUUUUUCUUUUAAUAAAGAGAAAACGGAGGAAAGAAAAGCUGCUCAACAACUUUAAGGGGCCGUCGGACCUAAAAAAUCACAACUGAAGGUUUGAGCGGUAUCCUCCUGUUCCAAAGUCAAAAUGAGCUGGAGCUUUCUUACACGUCUGUUGGAUGAGAUUUCCAACCAUUCCACCUUCGUGGGCAAAAUCUGGCUCACCCUCCUCGUUGUCUUUCGUAUAGUGCUGACAGCUGUCGGAGGUGAAUCAAUCUACUAUGAUGAACAGAGUAAAUUCGCGUGUAACACACAGCAACCUGGUUGUGAGAACGUGUGCUACGAUGCAUUUGCGCCGCUAUCCCACAUCCGCUUCUGGGUGUUUCAGGUGAUUCUGAUCACCACCCCCACCGUCAUGUACCUUGCCUUUGCUAUGCAUAAGAUUGCCCGCAUGGAAGAUGAUGACUACCGGCCCCGUGGCAGGAAGAGGAUGCCAAUUGUGAGCCGAGGUGCAAACCGGGACUAUGAGGAAGCUGAGGACAAUGGGGAAGAGGACCCAAUGAUCCUGGAAGAGAUUGAGCCAGAAAAGGAUAAGGAAGUCGCGGCGAAACCUAGCAAAAAGCACGAUGGACGCCGUCGCAUCAAACGUGAUGGCCUGAUGAAGGUCUAUGUGUUUCAGCUGUUGUCACGUGCCGUCUUUGAGGCCUCAUUCCUGUUUGGACAGUAUGUCCUUUACGGGCUUGAAGUGGUACCGUCAUAUGUAUGCACACGCUCUCCAUGCCCGCACACAGUGGAUUGCUUCGUCUCACGCCCUACGGAGAAAACAAUCUUUUUGCUCAUCAUGUAUGCAGUCAGCGCCUUGUGUCUUCUUUUCACCAUUUUGGAGAUCCUUCAUCUGGGCAUCAGUGGUAUCCGGGACUGCUUUUGUGCACCACGACCUCGGCCUCCCACCCCUCGGCACUCAGCUCUGGCCAGCCAGAGGUCCUCCAUCUGCCGCCAGCCCUCUGCACCUCCAGGCUACCACACAGCUCUGAAGAAGGACCCAUCAGGAAAAAUGGGCUUCAGGGAUAACCUGGGAGACUCUGGCCGUGAAUCAUUUGGGGAUGAGGCUUCAACACGGGAGCUGGAGAGGCUGCGGAGACACCUAAAACUGGCCCAGCAGCAUCUGGAUUUGGCUUACCAGAAUGAGGAGAGCAGCCCAUCCCGCAGCAGCAGUCCAGAGUCCAACGGCACUGCAGCUGAGCAGAACAGAUUAAACUUUGCCCAGGAGAAGCAGAGCAGUACAUGUGAGAAAGGUAUCCGCGCAUAGGUUCUGAUCAGUCGAGCUGACACUAUGAUUUAAAUUCACAUCAGGAUCAACGAGUGGACAUAAGGGAAUCAAAGUGAGAAUGAGUGUGGUUUUGUGUGAAUUUGCUUGAGGUGGAUGAAGUCAACCCAAGAUUUCCAGUGUUAUGGCCAGUCGUGGUCGAGCAUCGAGUCAAACGAGGAGGAGACUGGUCGUCUCAACCCAGCAAUACUUGAGACACCAGCCUGUCUGAAGAUCCAAGAACGGUUAUGGUUAAUAUGUACUUCUCCCUCAGGGCAGCUAUUUUUUUAUUUUUACGUUUUUAUCACGAGACAUAGAGCUAUUAGUCAUUUUUAAGAGUUUGUCCUCUGUUUGAAGUGAGUCCAUCUCAAGUUUGCCUUAGACCAAAACUGGAACUGUUUUGUUUUUGUUUAAGGCCAAGCCAGUUGUAGUGCAAAAAAAGCGUGUUUAAACUGUAAGAAUCAUUUUCUUUGAGAAAGUAAAUCAGUGAGUGCUUGUAGAUGCAAACAAGUUAACAGACAAGGCACCGCUUGUAAAACAAAAGGUACUGGAGUUAUUGUCAUGCUGAUGAAGUGUUUUUUUUUUUUUUUUUUUUUUUUUUUUUUUGAGGUGUUAAUGUUCAUACAAAGGUUUCUUUCAAUUGUUUUGACAAUGUUGGCACUGCACCAGUCAACAUUCCUAAGCCUGGUGCCUCGAUGGUAACUGGAACAUGCUUGGGGUGCCUUUGUCCAAAGGAAUAAACAAACCUGGAUAAUGCUUGAAAAACAUGUAACUCUUGAUAUUGUCUUGUUCAAACGUGUAUUUGAUACUGUUCUUUAUUUUUGUAAUAGUAUUGUGGUAUUGAAAAGAGGCUCUUGUCACUGUGGCUUAUUUUUAACUUUAAAAUGAUAUUUACUGCUGUCUUAGCUUCCAGAAGCCCAGUCCAAUCAGUUUGGUACAAAUUAGUUUUUUUUUUUUUUUAAGUACUCAAUAACCUGCAGCUUAAUUUUACACAUUAUUUUGACCAGCAAACAUUUCCGUUUUUCCGUACAGACCUAAAUUUUAAUGCAUUGGUUGGUCAAAUAAGGGAUAAUCCAGUCUGUCAUGUUCAAUGUCUGAAAGUCUAGGUUUUUGGCUUGUCACUGCUCCAGAGUCUCAACAAGGGUUGUAAAUCCAAGUAAUCGUUUCAAUGUGAAUUCAAUGCCUUGAAUGCGUUUGAAGAUGCCAUCUUUUUGUAUUCUGUGUCAUAUCCACAGUGCCAUUAAUGCCAACUCAGAUAUUGUCAUCUCAAGUUAUUUUUGAGCAACGCUUUUUGUACUUUUAUACUUUUUGUAUUGAUAGUGCUUUGUGGUUAGUUUUUAAAAUAAAUUUUUCAGCAAAGUUA